AUGCUUGCGUUUGACCGAUUUUUUACAAGCGUGCACCUGAUGGAAACCCUGAAAUUUCCUGCUGUUGGUACAUGCAUCAAGACACGCAAAGAUGUUCCUAAUUUUGCAACAAAACUAAGCAAAAGGGGUGAGGCUGAGUUUCUCGUAACUAAAAAUGGAACAUUGUGUGCGAGGUGGCUUGAUUCAAAGGAAGUGAUGAUGCUAAGUAAUUGCCACGAAGCUAAAUACACAAAAGUAAAUCGCACCAUGAAAGAUGGAAGCAAAGAAGAAUUUGAGUGCCCUGUGGCAAUCGAAUUCUACAACAAAAUCAUGGGAGGUGUAGACCUUGCAGAUCAAAUGGCAAAUGUCUAUGAAUUAGAUCGAAAAUCUUGCAAGUGGUGGAAAAAAGUAUUUUUUCGCCUAUUGAUGAGCGCAGUGGUCAACUCAUGGAUUGCGUACUGCGAACUCAAACAUCGAAAAACCCCACUUCUUGAUUUCAUUGUACCUCUUGCAGAAGCCUUGAUGGCAUCCGGAAAGCUCAAUGCACAGUAUCAACGCCAUAGAGGAACUGGACGCCCAUCCAAAACAUCACGAAGCUUACUCAAUGUUUGUGACCAUCUGCCAGUAACAAACAAAAACACGACGGCAGUGCCGUAA